AUGUCAGAUUACCCAGACGCCAAACGACACAAGACGCGAGACACCCAAGAAAUGCGGGACACCCAAGACACCCGCGACACCCGAGAUACCCGCGACACCCAAGAAACCCAAGAAGCCAGAGGAACCCGGGAACGGCGAGAAAGGAGCACAUCAGACUGGGUCUACCUCACCGAAUGGGUCAAUGUCACCUCCCACUCCAUCACCUCCCACUCCUCCACCGCCACCACCACCACCACCACCACCACCACCACCACCACCACCACCACCACAUCCACCACCGCUGCCUCCAACUCCGGAACGACCUCCCGAAACUUACAUCCCAAUACCCACCACCACCGCCGUUCUUCCACACUCCCCCCUGCACUUCCCCGUGCACUUCCCAGCGGUGCCCACGACAACAACGGCAACGAUACCGAAGAGUGGAUCCACGCCUCCGCCUCUCCCGACCCUCCGGACGAAGACUUCGAAUUUGUUCCGAAGGAGGCCGCUGACGGAGGAGAGGGGGACGGGGAGUGGGAUGGCGCCGAUCCCGACGAGGAGCUGAAGGAGCGUGCGUGGCAGGUGCUUAUGGGCUGGUUGGUUGAGAGGGUGGGUGGGGGUUGA